AAUUUUUAAAAGACACGCUUAGCAUACCACAGAAUUCUCUUUACAUACAAUCCAAUCCACAAUGAUAUCGUUAGGUGCAGCAAGCUAUACGUUUUAUACCCUUCUUCGUCUUCGAGAACAAGUUACUGGAGGACCAGUUGCCUUCCGGAUGCUCUACAUAUGCGGCGAAUGUGGUAUGGCUUUUUAUACGGAGAGGGACCGCACCAGGCACGAAUACUUUGCUCAUGGGGAUAUGCUUGAGGAGGACGACCACCUUGGUAUCGACGAGCACCUGCUUUGCACUGAUCUACACAGUCAUUAUCCUACUACUGGUCCGUCACAUACGAGUCGAUAAAGGGAAUCUCUGCUGCCUGGAUCUGAAGGUCCAGUACCAAGGUUAAUUAUCAUUCCCAAUGACAUAUCGGGGCAAACUUCUUUUACUAUAGUUCGUUGGUCAUCAUAAUGUAAAUCCAUGCUUAACGUUGUGUCAGAAAUCUACAUGACAUAGUAAAUAAAUAAGGAAAGUUACACAAAUCGCC